AUGAAGAAAGCAGUCACAUCUUCACUAGAAAAGCCAAACCCAAUGAAGACUCCCGGCAAACAUGUCUCGGUGCCCAACUUAGUGCAGACAUAUGUAGCACAGAGAAGGGUGCCGCGGCGCGAUUCUGCGCUCCGAAGAAGACAGGUGAGAGGCGGACUGAAGGAGAAGGAUGAGGAGGGCGAAGGUGGCAGAGCAGGAGGAUGGGCUGCCGGAGGGAAUGCUGCAGAAACAGCUCCCCUGCUCGGCACAGGGCAGCGCUGGUCUUUCUUCCGCGCCGCAGAGCGGGGCAAAGGGAAGACUGGGGAACGCGCUGGAAGACAGGCCCGGGGGAGGUGCUGGGGGCCGUCGGAGUACCCUGCCUGGCGCAGCCCUCCUCCGGCGGGCUGCCGCGCUCCCGCCCCCGGCGCGGCAGCUUUUUCAGCGCUGGGGGCGGUGGCAGCAGCAAGGCUGAUGGUUGUGGCGCGGAGGCGGCAGCAGCAGCGGUGCUGGCGGGUGCCGGUGCUGCUUGCGGCUUACUUGAGCUAUGUGGGGCUGGGCGCCGGUGUGCUACAGGCGCUGGAGCGCCCGGCCGAGGUGCAGGCGGCUCAGCACCUCCUGCAGCAGCACUGGGAGCUGCUCGGCAACCACACCUGCCUGCAGGGGCCCGCCUUGCAGCGGCUCAUCGAGGGUAUCAUCCAGGCCUACAAGAGUGGCAUAACCCUUCAGGGAAACACCACUAGCUUGGGCAAGUGGGACUACAGUGGGUCUUUCUUUUUCUCCAUUUCUGCAAUAACAACCAUUGGCUAUGGGAACCUGAGCCCCAGCACUGCAGCUGGUCGAAUCUUCUGCAUCUUGUUUGCACUGUUUGGGAUCCCUUUGAACCUUCUCCUCCUCAACGAAAUUGGGCAGCUGAUGCUGUUGGGGGUUCAGCAUUGUGCCCGUUGCCUAGAGGAGGUGUUUCACUGGCAGAAAAAAGCUUCCUUUCUGAUUAAGACCUGUGCACUGGUAACUGGCUUGUUAUUGUUCCUCCUGCUACCUCCCUUGUUGUUUUCUGAGAAAGAAGGAUGGUCUUAUGAAGAAGGCUUCUACUAUUCCUUUAUUACCCUCAGCACCAUAGGGUUUGGAGAUUAUGUGAUUGGGAUGAACCCAGACCGCACCUAUCCAGGCUGGUACAAGAAUGUAAUCUCUCUGUGGAUCCUCUUUGGAAUGGCCUGGCUAGCACUGGUUAUCAAAUUUUGCAUCAGCUUUCUAGAGAGCUCCAGUGACUUUUGCUCUAGUGACUUCUGUCAAUGCAACAAGAAGAACACAGAGAUGGCAGAUGACUUCAUGGAUGGCAACAAAAACAAUAUGACAGGACUUCACAACGUGGAGAUGGGCAACGACAAAGACACAAAGCCAAAAGGACCAGAUGAAUCUCAUACCAACACUGGUCCUACAGAAGGACUGUAGGGAAGAAAAAUAUCCUUGGUGCUUUUAGGUUUUAGUGCACCAGAGACACACCACUUUGAUAUGCAGGAAUAGAGCUGCUCUGAUAUUCACGUGAUGUGGAAAGCUUGCGUACUGAGUCUGAAAUUCUUCUCUUCUGAACUGAGCAAUGACAACAAAAAGUUUCAUUUGCAGCACCACCAACAAUUGCUAGCUGGACUCUUAGCCAAAGUAGAUAGACGGAGAUAUUACUUACCCUGCCACCUCAAUACGUGAAGUAAACUUUGAUAUCCAUACACACUAGCUGUUGUCCUU